AAGAAGUGCCUCUAUUUACAAGGAACGGAGGGAGUAAGAAAUAGGGAUGGAUCAAUUCAGGCAAGUUGGUGAGGUUGUGGGCAGUGUGAAGGCGUUGAUGGUUCUCAAACACGAGAUUUGCAUCAACCAAAGGCAAUGCUCUUUGCUUGCAGACAUGAUGCAGUUGGCCUUUGACACAAUCUCAGAGGAGAUGAGGCAAAACUUGAAGCUCGACGAGAAGGCCACCAAGUGGAACUCUCUGGAGCUCCCGUUGGAGGAGCUCCACCGUGUCUUCAAGGAUGCAGAGUGCUACAUCAGAUACUGCCUCGACAUCAAGGACUGGUGGGGGAAGGCCAUCAGCCUCCACAUGAGCCGGGACUGCGUGGAGCUACACAUCCACAACGUGCUGUCCUGCUUCACCGUGGUGGUUGAGGCUGUUGAGAUGGCUGCGGAGAUUUCAGGGAGCGAUGAGGAGGAGAAGCAGAGAAAGAGGGUCGCUCUUCUUCACAAGUAUGAUCAUGAAUGCGAUGAUCUGAAGAUCUUCCUGUGGAAGUUCAGGAAGCAGUUUCUCAUCCCUGCAGAGGUGUGCAGCCGCAUUGAGACUGCGUGGAGGGAGGACCGAUGGCUACUGUUAGACAAGGUUGGGGAGAUGAAGGCGGCAGAUAGUGAGCAGAAGCUGGCUGAGCUGCUGCUGUGGAAACUGAAUGAUGUGGAAGCUUCCAAGAAGGUGAUGUCAAGCAGCAUUCUUGUAGGAGCGCAUGAUUACCAAGUGAGGCGUCGUCUGGGGUCAGCGUACCCCAACGGGCAGAGCCAUCUCAAGGAGAUCCAUUGGCUGGGGGAGAGCUUCGCGUUGAGGACGUUCAUUGGAGACGUUGCCCCUUUACUACCCGAGAUCUCGUUUGUGCUUUCCCUCUCGCAUCCCAACAUAUUGCAGCACCUCUGCGCGUUUUAUGACAAAGUGAGGAAGGAAGGGUACCUCGUUAUGGAGUUGAUGAACAAGGAUCUUGCUUCUCAUGUGAAAGAGCACACGGGGCAGAAGAAUCACGUGCCAUUCACCAUACCGGUGGCUGUAGACAUCAUGCUGCAGAUUGCAAGAGGGGUGGAGUAUUUGCACUCGAAGAAGAUAUGUCAUGGAGAUCUCAAUCCAUCCAACAUCCUUCUCAGGCCGAGGAACGCCACCACCGGUGGCUUCCAAGUUAAAGUCUCUGGGUUUGGGAUAAGCACAAUCAGGAGCUGUCCCUCGAGAAGCCCUAGGGCGGUCGCUGCUGAUGCUGAUAUCUGGUUGGCCCCCGAGUUGCUGGCUGAGCUUGGUGGGAAAUGCAAGGGGAAAUACUCUGAGAAGGCUGAUGUGUAUAGCUUCGGGAUGCUCUGCUUCGAGCUACUAACGGGGAAAGUCCCGUUCGAGGAUGGCCAUCUUCAAGGGGAGCAGAUGGUCAGGAACAUUAGGGCAGGAGAGAGGCCUCUUUUCUCCCACCCUUCGCCAAAAUACCUGGCUAAUCUCACCAAGAAAUGCUGGCAGACUAAUCCCGCUCUGCGCCCCUCUCUCUCUUCGAUAUGCCGGAUCUUGCGCUACAUCAAGAAGAUCCUCAUCAUCAACCCCGACCACGGCCACCCAGAGGCGCCCACGCCUCUUGUGGACUACUGUGACAUUGAGGCGGCGUAUCUGAACAAGUUCAACGCGGAAGAAGGGAGUGAUACCCUCGUGCCCGUCAUGCAGAUCCCUUUCCAAAUGCUGGCCUACAAGAUUAUUGAGAAGGAGAAAACCAAUAACAAGAAAUGGGACAUGGUCACUGAAGCAAGGAUGAAACCCCCUGCAUCAAUCUUUGAUGAGGACCAGUUGUCGGCUAUGGAUGAUCUCUUUCUCGUGCCAGCUGACCGAAGGUCAGUUUGUUCAGACAUCAUCGACUGCAAGAAUUCAGUCGUUGAUGUGGAUCUUAGGACGGUUAUAUCAGAGACGAUGCACCGCAAACUUUUCCAAUCGGACUCAUUUGUUCCAGAGGUCUCAAGGAAGAGAUACACCAAACCUGCAGCAGCUGAAUCUGUCUCACCAGAAUAUGAUCGAAAUCUCUCAUCUGAAUCAGAAGAAAAUAGCAAUUUCUUCUCAGACAGCAAAAUUCCAGAAAGGAAAGGGCUGCAGCUUCAGAAGACAUUAACAGCUACAGCCAACCUUUCAGAAGAUUAUGACAAGCCUGAAAAGAAGCCUACAUUUAUCAACAAACUGAAAACCAUCAAGACCAAAUUCAUCCCAGGUCAGUUUCUCCUUAAUUAUUUAUGUUUUCUGUUUCUGAGAAUGGAUUGAUAUCGAUGAUCUAUAUACACAGAAUCGCCAAAAUCACCAAGAUGUGAUGCACCAUUGUAUCCAACAGCCAGGGGAAAGAAGGAGUCGCUAGCAGCGGCCUCAUCACCAUCACGAGCAUUCAACAAGACAGCGGUGCAGAGUCCAAAGAAGGACGUGAAGGGAACAGUACAAUCUGGGAUGAGGAGCAGUAACUCGCCAGCAUCCUCACCCGCCAGAGACUUGAGAGCAAAGAACGAGAGUUCAAUGUACUCACCGGGGAGAGUGAUGAAGCCUCACUCUCCAGCUGCCUCGCCAUCAAGAGGUUACAAUGUAUGCCCAUCGCCAAUGCAUCCAUCGUCUUAUCACACAAAUGCUUCUGCAAUGUCAUCACCCAUAAAUCCCAAUAUGCGGCCUUCAAGACUUGCUGGUAGGCCGACUGCACUGCCUUCGGAUGUCAGCACUCGAACCUCAAAAAUAGAUCACAUUCUCAGGUAGUGUGUAGACGGUUUUGUCCAUCUCAAAUGAAAAGAAGUGCAAGUAUAUUUUUUUGUUCUUCCCUUUUUUUUGUGUAACCAAGCCAAAACAGUUAGGCCAUCGAUUCUUGAUUUCUUGGUGUACAUUUCAUCUCUCAUCUCAUGUUUCUCUCACUGGCUACAUCUUCGUGUGAACUA